AUGGAAUUAUUUGUAGUGCAAACAGUUUCAUCAACAUCGCUUUAUGCAUUGCGUCAUUUGGAGGGUCAUUUUUUGGUCACAGAAGGACCGCUACUGAAAUUUGAUGGAAGAUUAUUACAAAAGAAUACUGAUGAAUUCAUUACACAUGCUAAUAAAAUUCAACGACAGUUAAAUUUCAUCUAUCGACAAAGUGAUUAUGGAUGGGUAUAUGUUGGAUCAGAAGUGACAAAGUUUAGAUUCGUACCAGCAGUACCAGCUCUUAAUGUAACAUUCAUCUUGAAGACACGAUCUGAUUUAAAUAUCGAUGUCUUCAAUUUCUUGUCUGUAUUAAGGAAUUAUGUACGGGCACGUGGAUUUGAUGGAAAUACAAUCGAUGACAAAAGUAUUAGUCUUGAAAUUAAACAUUUUUCAUGA